UCUGCCCUCCCUACCCAUCUAACAUGUAGUAGUGUAAUCAUGAUCUUUGCCUCUAGGUAUGGUCUGAGUUUGGAGGAGAUAGAGACAGGACUGCCACAGAUUGACACAUCUAAGACCCUGAUACAGGAGGUCUGCCCUCCCUACCUGUCAAAUGUAGAGUGUCAUGCAGGCAAAUACAGACGGUUGGAUGGACUUUGCAACAACAUCAACAAUCCAUCUUGGGGUGCCACCAUGACUCCCUUCACUAGACUGGUGCCCCCGCAGUUUGCUGAUGGUCUCAAUGCCCCCCGCGGCUCAGUGCUGGGCCAUGACCUCCCUCUGCCCCGGAUAGUAUCCCGGACCAUGCAUCCAGACGAUGGAUAUCACGACCACGCAGGCACUGUGAUGGUGGUGGCCUGGGGACAGUUUAUGGACCAUGACUUCACUCUCACUGCCACACCAUUAGACCCUGUCAACAAGAAUGACCCAGAAGAGUGCUGUGAUCGUCCUCCUCACCUCAAACACCCCUACUGUCUGGAGAUCAUUAUUCCUGAUGACGACUACUUCUUCAAGGGAUACAAAGUCAAGUGUAUGGAUUUUGUGAGGUCAUUCCCUUCUGUUCGACCUGGUUGUCGACUUGGUUCAAAGACACCAUACAACACCUUAACUGGAGUUAUUGAUGGAAACACUGUGUAUGGAGUCAGCGAUGAGUUCGGAAGACACCUGAGGUCCGGCUAUGGUGGAGAGUUGAGGAUGAACCCUGUGUUCUCGGAGUACGGACUGAAGGAUCUGCUGCCUCUCAAACUGGACGUUCCUGACGAGGGCUGCACCAGGACCAACAGUUCACAGUUCUGCUUUGAAGCUGGUGAGAUCCGAGUGAAUGAGCAGUUAGUCCUGACAUGCAUGCACACAUUGAUGGCUAGAGAGCACAACAGAAUUGCCAAGGCAUUGGCUGAGAUCAACCCUCAUUGGGACGACGAGACUCUCUACCAGGAGGCCCGUCGCAUUGUGAUUGCCGAGAUUCAGCACAUUACGUACAACGAGUUCCUUCCCAUCAUCCUUGGUAAAGACGUCAUGGAGAAGUUUGGUCUCAUGCCACAAAAGGAGGGCUACUGGGAUGGUUACGACCCCAAUGUCAAUCCUAACAUCAUCGCAGCAUUCUCCGCAGCUGCCUUUAGAUUUGGACACUCACUGCUGCCAACCGCGGUUGAGAGAUGGAGCAAGGCACACAAGUUUAUCUCCUCCAAGAGACUGUCAGAUCUGAUCAGGCGACCCUACGACCUCUACAGAGCUGGUGUGAUGGAUGAGUACCUCAUGGGUCUGAUGAACCAGGUUGCCCAGGCCAUGGACGACUCUAUCACACAGGAGGUAACAAACCACUUGCUGAAGAAACCUGGAAACAGAUUUGGACUGGAUCUUGUAGCCUUUAACAUGCAGAGAGGGCGAGAGUUUGGGGUUCCUGGCUACAUGCAAUACAGGAAAUUCUGUGGACUGCCCACAGCAGAUUCAUUUGAAGAACUUUUUGGCAGCAUGCCGAACUCCACUGUCUACAGAUAUGCAUCUAUAUUUGAUCACCCCAACGACAUAGACCUCUGGUCCGGUGGAGUAUCUGAGAGACCUCUGCCUGGGUCUAUGCUUGGUCCUACAUUCGCUUGCAUCAUCGCUACUCAACUCAGCUUCAUUAGACGAGGAGAUCGCUUCUGGUACGAACUACCCAACCAGCCUUCAUCCUUCACACCUGAACAACUUCAGGAGAUCCGCAAGAUCAAGUUAUCCCGCGUUCUAUGUGACAACACAGAUCUGAUAGACACAAUCCAGAUAUACCCCAUGGUGCUUCCUGAUCAUCAAAUCAACCCCCGAGUGCCCUGCAAGGCUGGUAUCAUCCCCUCCAUAGACCUCACCAAGUGGGCAGAGUUCCCCAACCCUGCACAUUACGUGAGUAACUUUGCGGAAGACUUCGCCCCCCUGCUCAACAAAUGAUGUACAUACACCUGUAGACGCUAGACAUGUCCAGCCUGUCUGAAGGAAAAUCUGAUUUGUCAA